GUGGUCUCUGGCCAAAAGAUGCGUUUCAACCUGAUCUUCGAAUAUCUAAUCUCUUCAUUCAAACAAGCAAUAAAGAGAUCGCUAUCUCUGUGUUCAUUGCUUCCAGCGGUUGGCUCCCAUCACGCCACCCCUUCCUGCUCUGACCCUCGGUGAAGCUCGCUCUUGCUGCGCAGCCAAGAAACCCACGAUAAAGUUCCCCUCCUCCGUCAUCUCUAAUCAGAGGACGCGAUUCGAUAAACCGACCAGAAAUCAAAAAGAAGCCCAACCGGUCUCUUCUGCCUACCAAUUCGCAACCUGUUCCGUAUAUGACGUCCUUACGGCGCUUCUGAGACGUCUUGCACACAUGACAGCAAGGUAGCUCUCUCCGACUGUCGACCCCGAUGGAGACACCGAUGGAGACGCCAAUGUCGACACAGGAGCGGCAGCUCUGCCAGCUUCUGUUGGAGCUGCCCGCUCGCCACAACUAUCGAUACACCGACGACGCUGCCAACGAACUGCUGGCCGCUCUCUUCUGGUGCAUGGCCGCCGGCAAGUCCGAUUACAUGAAUCUCUUCUUCCCGACCGGCGGUCCGGCUCGUGGUGGAACACUCAAGCUCCGCGAGGCCCAGGGUGCCGUCGAGGGUGCCGAAUACACAGAAGCGGCCCGUGGAAAGGCGUGUGGACACAUCUUCAAGCAGGGCGAGGCGUCGUAUGGGUGUAGGACAUGCAGCGCUGAUGACACCUGCUGCCUGUGCAGCAAAUGCUUCGACGCCACUGACCACACCGGCCACAUGGUCCGGAUCAACAUCUCGCCCGGUAACAGUGGCUGCUGCGACUGUGGGGACCCGGAAGCCUGGAACAGGCCCAUGUUCUGCACGAUACACUCGAUGUGGGAGGGCGAGGGGAAAGGCAAGGCCAGGGAAACGCCGGGGCUGCCUGAAGACCUGGUUGCCAACACGCGCAUGACCAUCGGCCGCGUCUUCGACUAUCUGUGCGACGUCAUUUCGUGCUCGCCCGAGCAGUUGCGCCAAGUGAAGACGGUUGAGUCCAUCGAGCAAGACGAGAGGACGUCAAGGUUAUCUUCCAUCUACUGUGGCGGUGAUACCGAGUCGCCUGGAGAAUACGCCGUGGUGCUGUGGAACGACGAGAAGCACACAGUCAUAGACGUCCGGGACCAGGUGGCUCGCGCGUGCAGCACCACCCUGGCGACUGGAUUGCAGAAAGCCAACGAAACCGACUCCAUCGGCCGGAGCAUUUUAAUGUACGACAAGAGCAUCGAGAAGCUCAUCGAGGUUGCCACCACCCUAGAGAGAAUCAGGGUCACGGUGACGAUACGCUCGGCUCGGGAUACUUUCAGGGAGCAGAUGUGCGGGACAAUGAUUGAGUGGCUUAGGGAUAUCUCGGGAUGCACCGUCGGCGAGGACCACCAGCUACUGAGACAGAUCGUGUGUGAGGAGAUGCUCAAGCCGUGGCGUAAGGGGAGCCCGGCGACGCAUGCCAUUGUCGGCAAGGGCGGUAUUGACGACGAGGAUCUGAUUGAGCAGGAGGAUAGGGAAGCUAAUGACUUCUACAUCCAGCAGAGUAGGAUCCUUCUGCAGGCUCGCCAGGCGGCCCGGGCUGCCCGGCGGGAGGCCGCGGCGGGCGAGCCGAGCCAGGAUGAAGGCGAUGACGACGAGGAAGACGGAGGCCAUGAUACCCCGGGGAGCGACAUGGAUGACGACGGCGACGACGACGACGAUGUGAUGAUGCUUGAUGGCCGCGAAGAGGGUGAGGGUGACCUGCCCAUGCAAGACUGGCAGCAGGACGCCGCGCUGGAGGAGGACGAGGCCACAGUUGCGGGUUAUCCACCUCCGCCUCCCCCGCCCCCAAUUCCCCGUCGAACCGCCCGCGAACGUGAACUCACACCAUCCGACUCGGAUACCGCAGAGCCCCUCAUCGCUCCUACGGUGUACGCAAAAGCUCAUUUGGAGAUACCCAAGACCCCUGGUCAACUAGGAAGCCAAGGCAUGCCGCCCAAGCCUGGUGAUUAUUGGCUUGCUACUCCCGCCGGCUACGUGGAGCAGGAGAACAUCCCAGUCUCGGAAGAUCUCUUUGAGCGAGUCCGCCUCGACUGGAUGAUUCUCUUCGACCUGAGGAUGUGGAAGAAGGUCCGCAACGAUUUACGGUCGCUCUACAUUUCGACCGUCGUCACUAUUCCCGAGUUCAAGCGCGUCCUUGGCCUACGGUUUGCCGGGCUCUAUACCACUCUUGCCCAGCUGUACCUCAUUGGUGAUCGGGAACCUGACCACUCCAUCAUCAAUAUCUCGCUGCAGAUGCUGACCACCCCUUCCAUCACCGCCGAGAUUGUCGAACGAGGCAACUUCCUUACCAGUCUAAUGGCUAUCCUGUACACUUUCCUGACCACCCGCCAAGUCGGACACCCUUGGGAUGUGGCGUCAAAUGCAGUGCUGUCCUUUGACACGGGUACCGUCACGAACCGGAGGAUGUACCACUUCUUCCUGGAUUUGAAGUAUCUCUUUGGCUCCCCUCACGUCCAAGAGCGGCUCAGGACGGAGGAGCGGUACAUGAUGCAGUUCCUUGACCUCGUCAAGUUGCAUCAGGGCAUCUGCCCGAACGUGCGUGCAGUGGGCGAGCACGUCGAGUAUGAAACAGACAGUUGGAUUAGCGCCUCACUUGUUACGCGCGAGAUCAACAGGCUUUGCCGACAGUUUGCUGAGUCGUUUCGUAAUGUCAAGGAGCAAGAUUCGCUCUAUGUCUCGGGGGCGAUCCGUCUUGUGGCCAAAACUGUCAUCAUCAACUCGAUCGGAGCUGAACGUGGCAGAUUCAGCCAGUCGGAAAUCAAAGACGAAGUCCGCUUCAAGAAUCUCGACGACUUUGAAUUCGAGGCUCCGGGCCGGGAGCUCAACGUUGUCAAGUUUGUGGUGGAAGAGGAGCCCAUCAGCUUCCAUCAUGCUCUUCACUACACUUUGUCAUGGCUGAUCGAAUGUGGGAAAGCGAUGCCGGUUGAGCAGCUCAGAGCGCUUCUCAGCUUCACUACUCAAGAGCUCAAGAUGAGACCCCGCUCCAUGGGCAGGAAGCUGUGGCCCAGGCACGACACCUAUCAGCCGGAGGACUACCUGAUGGCAGCAUUUGAUUUCCCACUCCGGGUGUGUGCCUGGCUCGCCCAGAUGAAGGCGGGCAUGUGGGUUCGGAACGGUCUGAGUCUGCGUCACCAAGCCGGUACCUACCGUGGCGUCAGCCAGAGAGACGUCUCACAUCACCGCGACAUCUUCCUCUUGCAGGUGUCUCUGGUGGUCUGCGAUCCCAGCCGCGUGCUCGCCUCCAUCGUCGACCGGUUCGGUAUGGAGAAGUGGGUCAAGGGCUUUUUCGAGCAGAAGUCGAAGGCCCAGGAUGACGCCCAGCAUUUGGAUGUCGUUGAGGACAUGAUACACCUGCUGAUCGUCCUGCUGAGCGACCGCACUUCGCUCAUCCCCAGUGGGGAUGACCAAGGGGCCCACAUCGCAUCCAUGCGCCGCGAUCUCACCCACGUCCUCUGCUUCAAGCCCCUGUCCUUUUCCGAUAUUUGUCUAAAACUCCCGGACAAGUUUACGGAGCGAGAAGAUUUUCAUACAAUCCUGGACGAGAUGACGACCUUCAAGGCGCCAGAGGGCUUGACAGACGUUGGUACUUUUGAGCUCAAGCCACAGUACAUUGAGAACGUUGACCCUUACAUUGCGCACUACAACAAGAAUCAGCGCGAGGAAGCUGAGAUGGCUUGGCGGAAGUGCGUUUCCAAGAAAACCGGAAAGCCGGUGGAAGACGUCGUCUACGAGCCUAGACUGCGGCCCAUCCCGUCAGGGGUGUUUGCUGGGCUGGGCCAGUUUACAAGCACCGGCAUGUUCGCCCAGAUCAUAUACUACUCGCUGCUCUACAGUCUCGUCUAUCCCAAUCUGACGCCGCAAGUGCCAUCGACUCGGGUCGAGACGUACUUACAGGUUGUGUUGCACCUCAUCCUCAUUGCCAUUGCUGAGGACAGUUCGGACGAAGAACAACCACAACCGUCGUUCAUCGCCACAGCGCUUACCCAGCAAGCCCGCAGCAACUUCAUGCCAGAUGCUCCGCAAGCCAAAACGAUUGUCGCCCUGCUCAACCUGAUUGCCUUCAAGGAUGAGUUCAAAGCGUGCCAUCCCAAGGUUGGGUUGAUUCUUCGGAGGAUGCGGCAGAAGAGGCCCAAGGCAUUUGAGGUCAGCUACGAGCGUCUUGGCCUCUCCGUGGACCGCAUUGACACAGCUUCUCCCGCGGCUAACAGUGCAGAUGAAGAGCGAGAGCGGAAGAAGCGGGCGGCUUUGGACCGCCAGGCCAGGGUCAUGGCGCAGUUCCAGGCUCAGCAAAAAAGCUUCAUGGAAAAUCAGGGCGACAUCAACUGGGGAGAGAUGGAUGAUCUUGAGGACGACGACGACGUGCCGCCGAUGGAGGAGCACAGGGACUUUUGGAAGUAUCCGUCAGGCACUUGUAUUCUGUGUCAAGAGGACACGGAUGACCGCCGCCUAUAUGGGACGUUUGCCUACUUCACUGAGAGCAAUAUUCUCCGGCAGACAGACUUCCAGGAUCCCGACUUUGUCAGAGAGGCGUUCAAUACGCCUGACAACCUGGACCGGUCCGCCGAAGCAAUACGGCCGUUUGGUGUUGCCCACGAGAACCGUCAGGUUAUCCAGAAGGUGAACCAGGAAGGCCAGACGUUUGAAACGGAGCGUCAGCUCAUUGGGAAGGGCUUCCCUGCGAACCUGUCUCGUCCAGGACCAGUCUCGAUUGGGUGCGGUCACAUGAUGCAUUACCAUUGCUUCGAGGCCUACUUCGACGCUACCGUGCGGCGGCACGGCCAGCAGAUUGCGCGACACGCUCCGGAGAAGACCAAUAGGCUAGAGUUUGUGUGCCCGCUCUGCAAGGCGCUUGGGAACGCAUUCCUGCCCGUCAUCUGGAAGGGCAAGGAGGAGUCGUACCCCGGACCGCUGGUGCCAUCCACCGCGUUCUCGUCGUUUCUCGAGGCCCAGCUUCACUCAGCUUACUACACGCUUGGGGCGUCGCGCCCGCCGGACCAGAUACAGAACACGUUCGCUGCCUACACGGCCAACCACAUGAUCAACAGUCUGGCGGAGAAAUCGUCGCAAUUGCUUGAUGAAGCUUGGGUCGACGUUGGAGCCCAGUCCGUCUCGAGGGCCGGGACGCCGUUUAGCGAGACUUUCUCUCUGAUUUCUGGCCCAGAACCCACCCUUGCCCGAGGUGCCACCUUUGAUGCCAACAGCACGAUGAGGGAACUGAUCAAUGUCUAUCGCCGUCUGCGGGAUACACUGAGGAAGAAUGACAUCGCUUCGCGGUAUCAACAUGAUCUUCCAGAACAAGAUGCCAACGAGUUGUGUGGCAGCGACGCACUGGCGCGCUCCGUGGGAUUCUCCAUCUCGGCAGUGGAAAUCCAGCAGCGCGGUGUCGAGGCCGAGUACGGCAUGACUUUUCUCGAGAAGAUCCCGGAUCAGGUACUCACGCAGCUUCGCAUCCUCAGCGAGACGGUGACGUCCUUCAUCGCGGUUGGUGGCUUGCGCGAGUCCGGUGAAAACAGGAUUGACACUGAGUACCGCAAGGAUAGCGAACGCCAGCACUGCCAACUGUUCAUCACGCAGUAUUUGGGCGAAGAGACAGAGAACACACGGUCCCCCGCCAGCUCAUAUCCUCCGCUGCUCAGCCAAGAUCCGUUCAUCUUCCUGUGCGAGUGUGUCUUCGGCCUCAUCCCGGCACAGGGUUACGAAAUUGGCCACUUGGUCCGCCUCUGCUAUCUGGCCGAAAUCACGAAGGUGGCCUAUCACCUCGCUAGAAACAUGCCUGUCACGCUGUGGUUCAGCUAUCUCUCACGCCGCGAGGAUCUGGACCCCUCAACCGCCAAUUUUGUCAACUUCUGCGAGGUGCUAUGCGAGAUAGACGUCCAGUGCGCGGCGGACCCCCUCGCGGGCAUCGACCGGCCGGCGUGGGAGAACAAGGCGUUCCAACAGCCCACCUUGGACACGUGGGAGGCAUGGUACGUCCUCCUGCGCAAGUAUGCGCUGGCCUUCCUCCGCAAGUGCGUCGUGCUCCUGCACGUCAAGUACGGCGUCGACUUCAACAGCCGCGUGAGCCCCAUCCCGGAGCAGCGCGAGCUCGAGCGCCUCACCGAGGCGCUCCGCGUGCCGUCCUUGGACGAGAUGCUCAGCGCCCUGACGCCCCCGCAGGGCGUGCAGCAUGGCUGGCCCGCCGAGACGCGGCGGCUCGUGGCUGGGUGGGUCAAGCACCAGGCGCUGUGGCCGUACAACGGCAGCGACAAGAACCUGCCGCAGUCGGCGGUGCUCAGCCAUCCGGGCAUCUUUGAGCUGAUUGGCCUGCCCAAGAACUAUGACACGCUCAUUGAGGAGGCUACUCGCCGGCGGUGCCCGAGCACGAGCAAGGAUCUGACGGAUCCCUCCAUCUGCUUAUUUUGUGGCGAGGUUUUUUGCGGUCAGGCCGUCUGCUGCGCCAGGGAAAUCAAACAGGGCCGGACCCAAAUGAGGGUUGGCGGCGCGCAGCAACACAUGAUGAAAUGCCAGAAGAACAUUGGCCUCUUCAUCAACAUCCGCAAGUGCUGCGUUUUUUACCUCUCGCGCAUGUCGGGCUCGUUCAGCAACGCGCCGUACAUUGACCGAUACGGCGAGGUUGACAUGGGGCUGCGGUUUGGCCGGCAGCUGUUCCUGCACCAGAAGCGGUACGAUUCGAUGCUGAGGAACUUGUGGCUCAGUCACGGCGUGCCGAGUUUCAUCGCCCGGAAGCUCGAAGCGGAUAUCAACAAUGGCGGGUGGGAGACUAUUUAAAUCAUGAGGCAUAGGAGCGUUGCCCGGGUAUGGGAGGAUGGGGGUUGGGGGAGGUUGGUGCAUCCGGGUCGGGAGCAGGAUGGUUAUGGAGUAGGAUUUGACGAUGCAUUGCGUUCUUAUUUUUUGGGGUAUGUAUGCAAAGAGAUUACAUGACCAUUCAUCUAUCUACCUUGAAGCAGGCAUCAGAAUGGGACAGAGUGGUUCAACUUU